AUGCCCUGCUCCAACCCUGAACAUGACCACUGGUGGGUCGGCACCUUCACCCCUCUGGAGCCAUCUCCGGACACCGAACCAAAAUCAGAGUCUCCCAUUCCCGAGAUCAAUGGCAGACUGGUAAUCACCCUCGAACGGUGCGAGCGCAUGUGCGGCCUCUGCCCGGUAAACGAACGUAGAAAGUUCCGGAGCGCACAAAAAGUGGUGCAGCAUGUGAACCGGUCGCAUAAAGAGCUCAAGACGGAUGGAACGAUUGUGCGGGUCCGGCCGAUGGAGGAUCGUGGCAGGAGGCCUGGGGCCAAAGGAGUGUCGAUGAGAGACUCGGAUAAGAAGUACGAAUGGAGGGAUGGAUCUUGGGAAAGGAGGGAUCAGGGGGAGGAUGAAGAGGAUGAGGAUGAAUUAGACCCCCUUUCAACGGAACCGGAGAUGGACGAUGACGAUGACAACCACGACGCCAAACAUAAGGUCGGAGACGCUAGACGCAGAAUCACCAGUGAUGAAGACGCCAUGGAUGAAGACUUUGGUUAUGGAGACGAUAGUGAUGAAGAUGUUGAUGAUGAAGAUGAAUUGGUGGAAGAUAUUGUCGAAGACUUUAUGGAUAAAUGGAGCCAAGGGGCACUGAGUACAUCGUACUCACGGAGAAACUGA